AAAUAAAAAUCAUCAAAGUUAUAUUCUUCGAUAAAUAUAUAAUUAGCUAAUUUUCCAUGACAAUUAUAUAAAUAAAUCAAAAUGGCAUUUUUCUCAAGAAAUGAAGGCUUUAAACGUGUACCAUGGUUAUCAUUCCCAGAGUGGUAUCAAGUUUAUAAACAAAUUUAUUCUAAUGAUAACUCCAAACAGUUGAAAGCUUACGACACUUUACUCGUAUGGAAGGCUCGAAUGCCAAAACUACCAGUGGGGGUAGAUUGUACUUUUUCUUUAAUUCACGUUUGUCUUCGAGACCGAGAGUGGACUCCAAAAAUCAACGUUGGAAAAUUGCCAUUAUCAUAUGAAAAUGAUUUGUGUUUACUAUACUCAACAACAAUCAUGAGAUUUCUAAAUCAUAUCUCCAAUAUUGGUCAUACAAAACAAACAUCGCUGUUCCAAAUUGCCAAGCAAUUAAAUAUUCCUGAAUGGAUUGUCAACUUAAGACACGAUGCUGCUCAUGGUCAUCAAUUACCUUCUAUUGAUUUAUUUAGAAUUGCAGCAAAUUUCUUACUUACUUGGCUACACAAUGAGUAUUGGGUUGCAGAAGCUCGUGCUCUUCAAAAAGAAUUCAUUAAUGAUUCACAACCUGUAGAUGCCGAGAAUGAAUCUCCAAAUACUCUUAUUAACCUGAUUGAAUUAUGGAUAGCCGUAGGCCUCUAUAACACUGCAGAAUACCCCUCUGUAUCUAGUCUACCGGAUGAACAGCUUCAAGAAACACUUAAUGAGUUACGAAUAUCUUCUAAAAAAUCGAAACGUUAUCUAAAUGCAAAUAUAAAUGAAAAUAAUGACAGUGGUUAUCGUUUAGCAACAGCCAAGUUUUAUUUAUUAACAGAAAUUUACUCCAUUUUGAACAAAAAGAAACUAUCAUUUGAUUCAACGACAACAACAUUGAAUGUUAUUAUGAACAGUGAAUUAUUUUUACCUACUGGAGAAUUUCUUCAAUUGUUCUUGACUAAAUCCAAUCUAAAAAAUAACUGGGAAAAGACUCAUUUACCUAAAGCAAUUAUUAAAUUUUGGCAACCUUUUAUUGCUAUGUUACAUGAGAGAAAUAUGUUAGAUUCUCUGGUAUUUAAAUUAAUUGAAUUCAUUAAUUCGGAUAGUGUAAGCAAUGGAACGAAACAAAAAAAAUUAAUUGCAGCAUUGUGGAUAAAAUCUAUUGCACAGGGAUUAAUUAAAUUAAAAUUUUGUCAAAAAGAAAUGCAAGUGUUAGAACAAUCAUAUAAUAACAGCAAGAAAAAGUUAACUCCAAAAAUACUAGAGUCAAAAAUAAAAGAAAAAAUGAAAUCUUUAUAUCCACAAUUACAAUAUGGAUUGUGGUUAGACAUUAAAUCUGACAUUCCAACAAUAUUUAGUGAUAUAAAUUUUGUUAAAAAAGUAAUAAUUAAUCCAAAUGAAUUUACUUUGGAAUAUGUAGAACCACUUCUAGAUUUAGUAGUGCCCAGCAUAGAAACUGAAGUAAGAAACAAGAUGUUAGAUUUAAUCGGAAUUUACCUUGGAAAGAAGUCUUUUUUUAAUAUUUCAUGUGAUAAGAAAGAUAAGGUAUAUACUCGUGAAGACUUAAUCGAAAUAACUGGACGUAAGUAUUUGGAUCUUAGUGAUGAGAAUGAACCAAUGAAUGAAGAAGAAAUAGUUAAAGAAUUUGAUUUGGCUGACAACGAAAAGAGAAACAGUAGUUGGAAAUUAUCAGAAGAAUCAGAAAAUAUUAAUUGGGCAACUAGUGAUAUUGGAAUUCUACCUUGGCAAAUAGGUAAAUUAGAUAUGUUGGAAUUAAAUGAUGACCAAUCAAAGGUUCUUUAUCCAAUUACACGUAAGUCAAUGAAUACUACUGCAGGAUUUGUAGAUUUAGAGAAUUUAAUUUCUGAUAGUCAAGUGAAAUGGGAAGAAGUAUUGAGAAAGAAACAGAGACGAAAGAGAAAAAAAAUAGAUAUUAAUGCGGGUGUUACAAUUACUAAAGCUAUAGAGGUAGUUAAAAAAAAUAAAAUUAAUUAAAAUGAUAAUCUCAUUACAGCUACUUUGUUACAUAAAGAUCAAGCAAAAAGAAAUUUUAUAUAAAUCGACAAAAAAUAUUGAAUGUAUUAUUUUUACUUAUUAGAUAUGAUUAUGACACGAAGAUUAAGAAAAUAUAUCAUUAACUUUUUUAUUAAAAUUACGAUACAUUUUUUAUUACCAUUGCAUCUAAUUGUUACGUUGAAUAAUGAAUAAAAUUAAAGCAUAACGAAAAGUAUAAAAACUUUCAAUAUAAUCACAACAUCUAGGCACCAUUUGUAUAAUCAUGUUUUUAUAAACUACUUUAAUGAAUUUUAUGUUUUUGUACACUUCUCAAAGCCGGUUUUUUCCUACAGCUAAACAAACUUUUCAUUAUGAAAAGUGGACGGCUGUUUUAUUAAUAAUUAUCUUUUUUUUAGGAAUAUACGAAUAGUAAUAACAAAAUUUUAGCAUAAUCUAACUAAUAUAUAUAUGUAUAUAAUUCGCAUUCAUAAACGUUUUAUAAACCAGAACUUGAGUAAUAACUCAUCAGGUAAAUCUUAACUAGUUCGUUGUUGAAACUACUUUUUAAUGGUUGACAUUUUUUGCUAAUUUUAUACUCUCAUUUCUUUGGUUUCAAUAUUUUGAAAUGUUUUUA